CGUUACCUUCGUCCACGCCUAAAUCGUUAAUCAAACAAUGACAGAUGCAUCAGUCUCGACUUGCUUCAGGUCACUUACUUCCUUGUUACUCAAACCUCCGUGAGCUAUGUUAUAAUUGCCUUGUUAACGUUACAGCUCAUGUGCUCCGUCGUGCCCUGCGGUGAUAGCGCAACUAUCGAAGUCCUCCCUGGUGAUGCCUCCAUCUGGAUUCCAGACGUUGAAGAACGAUCUCGUUCUCCUUUUCUAUUCACGGAGAAUAAUCUCGGUGUACCUGAGAAAGAACUUCGUCGGUCAUACCUCUUCGCCGUGCCUGUCUUCUCUGCUGCCCGUAAGGCCUCCGGAUUUCAUACACUCGAGGAUCCAUCCAACCACACCAUGUCUUCGGCGAUUCAGGACUUGAUCGAUUCUUCUGCUGUCCUCAUUUUGAUGAAUCCGGCUCACCAAACUGCGCUUAAUGCUAGAAAGCAACUUGUUGCGCAGAACCUUAUCAAUGUGGGGGAGGAACUCAAGUUCACAGCCGCCCUACUUUCGAGCAGGCACUGUUGCAAACAGGGCGAGCUGUGGUAUCACAGGCGAUGGCUCCUCAGACGCAUAUACCCAGUCCCAAGCUUUCCUCAAGGGUUGAUUACUGACAUGAUUCUUGAUUCACCAAAUUUCUACCUUCCCCCGAAUGACCUUUCUGCGGAAAUUCAUCUUGUCAGUAGAGCUUGCGAGCUCUAUCCCCGUAACUAUUUUGGCUGGAUCCAUCGCACUAUAUGCAUUCUAUCUACCCUCGUACCUGGAGUGCAUUCUACCACCUCAGACGUGUUCACUGAAAUCUUUCAGAAAGAAAUCAGCAGCGUCAUGCAGUGGAUUGAGUCUCACAUCUCCGACUACAGUGCUGUCCAUCACCUUAGAACUCUCGCACGUCUCACUGAAGACGCGGAAAGCCCAUUUCUGCCAGGCAGUCUACUUCUCGUGUUCGGACAUGCUCUCACGCUCGUACGCGCAUUUCCGGAGCAUGAAACGCUUUGGCAGUAUCUCCGCAUGUUCUGGGAUGAGGGGGAUGUCGCUGCAGCGUUCGUCGCGUCAUUUGCACUCCCCCUACAAAGAGCUAGGAUGACGGAGCAGGAGAGCGAGUCUCCUAGUGGCGUGCAACAUGCCUGCCGCUUCCUUGAGUGGAGGAAUCAGAGGUUGAAGUGACGCAAUUACUUGUAUUGCGCAGCGUGUACUGUAUAUGCUGCCGAUAUCAGCUCAUGGGAUGGGGCGCUGAGUCAACUCUACGGGCUAUUGUGAUUUCGGUUGAACACAUUGAGACGCACGUUUAGAUAAACUAGCACACACCCGUUCUGCCUUCGGCACAGGAAGCAAAGUAUCAAAGUCCUUACGUGCAGAUUGCGCAAUAUUGCAAUGAGAGUCUAGCUAUGGCAAGUCUGGCCUACUAAGUACUAGUAGGGUCCUGCAGCUUACCCAAGCGAGAAGUGACAACGUCACGUGAUGCGUGUC